AUCCUAAAAUUAUCUUGUCAGAUGGAGAGAGUCACUUGGCCUAAACAUGCUAGUGGAAUGCACGCAGCUGUAUCCAAUGUGUUGUAAUGGUGACUCAGUCCAGCUGCGAGCAAGUUGUAAUUCUAUAUUGCACUGUGUGUGUGAGACCUGGCACAGGAAGACGACAUCCUGCAGCUGAUAAAAAGGGCUUUUGGCUUUGGAUUCAUGUUACUAGUGCAAAGGGUAAGGAGGCGAAUUGGAGUUAAGAAGUGGACAGGGAAGAGCAGUGAAUGAGCAAAGUUAGUGCCAUGACGACAGAGGGAAUAGUGCUUCUGCUAGUGCUGCUGUUCUGCUUGGUGCUCCUACUACCCUGCCAUGCCCAACUGCAAGAUGAUACGUCACCCCAAUAUGUAUGUAAAAAAUGCCAUACAAAUGCCACCUGCUUUGAGAAAAACAAAACGUUUUCCUGUAUCUGUAACUAUGGAUUAAUUGGAAAUGGAAGGACUCAUUGUUUGGAUAAAGAUGAAUGCCAGAUUGGCUCUUAUAAGAUCUGUGGGAAUCACACAGCAUGUCACAAUACACAUGGAAGCUUCUUCUGCGUCUGCCUGGAUGGAUAUCGGCCUUCUAACAACCACAGGCACUUUAUACCCAAUGAUGGUACUUUCUGCACCGAUAUUGAUGAAUGUCAAUCAGCGAACAUUUGUGGAUAUAAGGGAAAAUGCAAAAAUAUCCCAGGGAGCUACGAGUGUUAUUGCAUGGAGGGUUAUCAACUGAAAAAUGGAACAGAACCUUUCCAGGCCAACAGUGACAAAGCUUGCGUAGAUAUUGAUGAGUGUGAAGCAGAAGACAUUUGUGGACAUAAUGCACAGUGUAAAAAUGUUCCAGGAAGCCAUGAGUGUUACUGUAUGGAGGGAUAUACACUGAACAAUGGCACGGAACCAUUUCAAGCAAGUGAUCGCAUGAAUUUAUGCUCAGUUGUCGAUUGUGGACAACCACCUGGUCUUCCGCAUACUCAAGUGGAUCUAAAUGGCAAUACUACCUUUGGAAGUCAAGUGACAUACAGGUGUGACACAGGGUUCACUGCUAAUUUAGGACACACCAUGUCCAUCUGCACCUCUCAUGGAACAUGGAAAGGAGCCAGUCUUGUUUGCACUGUUAUAGACUGUGGUAUACCACCAAUCAUGCCCAAUAUGCUAGUAAACUCAUCAAACAACACCACCUUUGGAAGCAAUGUGACAUACAGAUGUAUGAAAGGAUAUGAGCCCGUCAGUGGGAAUGGCAUUGCAAGAUGUACACAAAAUGGAAGGUGGGAGGCAGCUGCAUUGUCAUGCCAAGUGGUGGAUUGUGGCCAACCACCAUCCAUUCAGCAUGCUUCCUUAAGACUUGCAGUAAACACUACUUUGGGAAACACCGUAACAUAUGAGUGCAUGUCUGGCUAUGUCAAGCAGACUGGUAUUGGAACUGCUGUAUGUAAUGAAAAUGGAAAAUGGAAUGGAGCUGACCUUAUAUGUAAAGAAAUAAACUGUGGCCAGCCACCUUCCGUUUCCAAUGCACAGAUUAUUUUGAGUGGAUCUACAAAAAUUGGAAGUGAAGUGGAAUACAAAUGUCUACGAGGCUUCUACAACCCUAGUAAUAGAAGUGUGUCAAGAUGCACUUUAAAUGGAAAAUGGGAAGAUGUAAAUGUCACAUGUAAAGUAAAUGAAACCAUAAUUGGGAACGUGACUAUUUUCAAUGAAACAUGUCUAAAGUGGAGAAAAAGCUCUGAAAUAACAGACUGGAAGAUCUUAUAUAAGUUCAGCAUUCAUGGAAAACGAUGGCACCAGAAACGAUUUGUUCAGGAAAACAUAUUUGAGUUCAUCACAAACAAUAGUUUUCGGUGUUUGGAUCUUCUUCCUGGAAAGAAGUACAUGGUGAUAAUGAGAGCUGUGUUCGCGGAGAUGCAGGAAAUAUCAAUAAAUAUAACGUUGGAAACAGCUAUGAGGAAGAGAUUUGGAAAAAUUACAUUGUUCAAUACAACAUGUCUUCAGUGGGCAAAGAGUUCUAGACAAACUGAAGAAGAUCUGGAGGAAUACAAUGUCCUGAUAAAAGGGAAUGUUGGGAAUCCCCCCAAAAUAUUGCUGAACAUAAUGUUUAAGUUCAGUACAAGCAGUAGGAAUCCAGUGCUAUGUCUAAAACUGCCAUCAGAGGAAGAAUAUAUUAUUAAUGUUACUGAAUCCUCUACGGGACUCUCUUCAUCUGUUUCUCUUAAUACCUCAGGGCAUGCCAGUGAAGAUAUCAACGGAGAAGCACCUUCAGGGGAAGCUUGUUUGCGGUGGAAGAGAAUUAUAGAUAAUAAUGGGUUGCAAGAGAUUUACAGAAUUUAUAUGCAAGAGGCAAAGGGCCAACCCAAUCAGAAUCCCCAGCAUUUGCUGUUCAACAUCAGUACAGACCAAGGUACAUCUGAGCUGUGCUUUAAGACGGCAACCGACAAGCAACAACAAUUACAUGUGACAGAAGCCCCAUCUUCUCUUGAAUACAAUAUAACUGAAUACAACAUAACUGAAUACAAUAUAACUGAAUACAACAUAACUGAAGAGCUUGACCCUCUACUUCCGCAUGUGCAGUUAGUCUUAAGGAUUGGUCAGUUGCCAAAAGUUAGCAUACAGAAAGCUGAUCAACAUUCACCCUACAGUUCCUACCAGGUGUUUGUGAAACAUUUAGACCCCCUGUGUUCCUUCACUUGUGAAUCUCUGGAAGCAGUGACAUACUUUCACAAUGUUUCCAAGACCCGUGUAUACAUCACAGCAGAGUUUUCUUCAAGUGAUAUUCCUGAGGAUCUCGAGUUCUCACUAGGGGACAGGCUGUACUAUGGAGAAUUCUACAAUGGCCCUUUAAUGCAAGAGAAAGACUACUGUGUCAUCCUGAGAAUCAUCAGUAAGGAGAAUAAGGUACCAGCGUGUAUAUUUGUAGCAGAAAUUAAAGGUUAUACACCUCUAAGGAAUCAUAUGAAUAUAGUCUUACCAGGAUCCGUUGCAUUUGUGUGUUUCAUUGUAUUUCUUUCUUACUCAGCAGCAUGGUGCUGUAAGAGGAGGUGAAAAAGGAUCAUUUAUAUAUGGACACUGUAAAACUCUGCCUUUGUUGAUGUUCCAAAAGCAUUCCUCAUGGUAUUGGAGGUGACAAUUAUGGUUUUUUUCAUGAUCAUGAGAGUACCAGUGAUUCUUACUUCUGCGAGGAUGUGAUGGUCUCCUUUGUUUUGGUUACAAAGAUCAUGGACAGCAAAGACUUAAUGGACAUUGAUGUGUAAAUAACACUCCAUAGAGGAUCUUAAUAAUUUUCUGUUACAAACUAAACUGAUGAUACAAAUAUGAUGUUGCACUAUUUGAUUACUGAUAACGCUUGCUUUAAGUUGACAAUGGGACAUGUAGCAGAGUUACGUUUAGGACUGUUUUAUGUAAUUUAAGAAGUUUUUUUGUCUAUAUUUAUUUCUUAUUUCUGUCUAAACUGCAUUGUCAUUGUUAAUUUGCCCCAACAUUUCCCCUUUCUGACUGUAUAAUUAUACAUUUAAUUUGAAAAGUAAACAAAUGAUGCCCUGUACAAUUGUUCAUCUACUAUAUACAGCAAGCUCAAGUAUCUGUUCCUGCUGCUCGCAAAGGGGGUAUAUCCGACUGAACUCUCUGUGUUUUUAUUUUAUGAAAUCACUUUUUGUUUAUCAGAUUGAGAUACUGCUAUUGGUUAACAAAUAAGGCUUCUUAUCUGGUUUCACCGAAACACAAAAAACGACGUCUGUAACCAGUUAAAGGAGCAGUAUAACCUCAUGUUCAACAUGAGUACAAUGAAUAGGGUGUGCCCAACAUACUUUUUGCCUGCUAACAUUUCAAGAAUACUGAAUCUACUCCAUGUUUGGUCCUUGCUUGGAAGAUAAUUAAAUUACCAGCAUACACCCUUCCAUUCCCCCUUUUUUUGUGACUAGUUUGUUGGCAGAAGUCUUUUAUUGGGGGGAUAUGUGCACCAGUAAUGUCAUUAUCCAGAUACUUCAGUGUCAGACUGGCCUACCGGGAUACCAGGAAAACUCCCGGUGGGCCCAGGUGUCAGUGGGCCCUCCUGCUGCUAAACUUUUGGCCUAUAUUAUGGC